AUGGGUAUUGAGAUUGAGCAACCUUGUGUGCAACUUUCCAAAGUUGCAAUUUCUGAAACUCAUGGGGAAGACUCCCCCUAUUUUGCUGGGUGGAAGGCCUAUGAUGAGAACCCUUAUGAUGAAUUAAUUAACUCCUCCGGAGUUAUACAAAUGGGAUUGGCAGAGAAUCAAGUUUCAUUUGAUUUGCUGGAAAAGUACUUGGAAGAACACUCAGAAGCAUCUACCUGGGGGAAAGGAGCUCCUGGUUUCAGAGAGAACGCUUUGUUCCAAGACUAUCAUGGACUUAAAUCAUUCAGAACAGCAAUGGCAAGCUUCAUGGAACAGAUAAGAGGAGGGAGAGCAAAAUUUGACCCAGAUAGAGUGGUCCUCACUGCAGGCGCAACUGCAGCCAAUGAACUCUUAACUUUCAUAAUCGCAAACCCAGGAGAUGCAUUACUUGUUCCAACCCCUUACUACCCAGGAUUUGAUAGAGAUUUAAGGUGGAGAACUGGGGUAAACAUAGUUCCAAUCCAUUGUGACAGCUCAAACAAUUUCCAAAUCACUCCACAAGCGUUGGAGGCUGCAUAUAAAGAAGCAGAAGCCAAGAACACAAAAGUGAGAGGAGUGUUGAUCACAAACCCAUCAAACCCACUAGGUGCAACAAUUCAACGCAGGGUUCUGGAGGAGAUUCUUGACUUCGUGACUCGCAAGAACAUCCAUCUAGUCUCAGAUGAAAUCUACUCAGGCUCAGUGUUCUCCUCUUCUGAGUUUGUGAGUGUAGCAGAAAUCCUUGAAGCUCGUCAAUACAAAAACUCAGAGAGAGUUCACAUAGUUUAUAGCCUCUCCAAGGACCUUGGACUUCCUGGUUUCAGAGUUGGCACCAUUUAUUCAUACAACGAUAAGGUUGUGACCACAGCAAGAAGAAUGUCAAGUUUCACCUUAAUAUCCUCUCAGACACAGCACCUUUUGGCUUCUAUGUUAUCUGAUAAGAACUUCACUGAGAACUACAUUAAGACCAAUAGAGGGAGACUGAGAAAAAGGUACCAAAUGAUCAUUGAAGGGUUGAAAAGUGUUGGCAUAGAGUGCUUGAAAGGGAAUGCAGGGUUGUUUUGCUGGAUGAAUCUUAGUCCACUUCUGGAGAAACCAAAUAGGGAAGGAGAAUUGGAGCUUUGGAAUGCCAUUUUGCAUGAAGCGAAACUGAAUAUCUCUCCUGGGUCUUCUUGCCAUUGUUCUGAACCGGGUUGGUUCAGGGUGUGUUUUGCAAAUAUGAGUGAGCAAACACUGGAAGUAGCAUUGGAGAGAAUACGUAACUUCAUGGAGCGGAUUAAGAAAGAGUAA